CGGCUAUCAGCUGUAAACACGGAAGUUGGUUGCUGAUAUUGUUGAUUACGCUUCACAUUUCUUCCCAUGGUGGUGCUAAUUCCUGUUACAAUGGCAUGACAGAAGAUGGGACAGACAAUCCUGAAUUUCCCGUGGUGAAGCAGUGUGCCGCUCGGGAAAAACGAGACAGUCCAUCGCCCACCUCCCCCACUCCAACACCUGUACAACAUCACACCACCAUCAUCACAGAACCAACACCAACCACAGUUAAUCUGUCUACACCCAAGACUGUGCCUACUUCUCCCACUACAAACCAACCAACACCACCUCUGCCUACCAGAGCGCCAGGUGUUGUUCCCAUGUGUCUUAGGUUUGCAGUUGAGAAGUCUUCAGGUAGUCUGAAGGUUGGGAAAGCUGUGGAGUGGAAGGUUCAGUAUGGAUGUGACACCAACAACCUGUGCCAAGGGAAGAAUGGAACAUUUGAUCACAAGGUAACCUGGAAUGGAGAGAGGGGCACCUUGUACUGUUGCAAUAAUGGCGAUAACUGCAACUCACCCAUUGUGCAAUCCUGUUACAGUGGUCAGAUUGGUAAGAAAAAGCUUGUCAAAGCUCCCUGCUCAGCAGAUACCAGGUUCUGUGUGUCCAGCCUGGACCAUGUGAAUGGCACAGUUGUUAGCGGACUGUACAGCUGCAGUGUGGUGGACUAUAGAGAUGUCUGCAUCAAUAAUGGCUUUACUGAACCUGGCUGCAAAAAUGUUACUGGUCCAAGUGGCAAACAGUCCACAGUGUGCUGCUGUAACACAAACAACUGUAACGUCCCAGUCAACGUCACACACCCGGCAAACCCCGGCACCCACUCACCGUCCAGCCACCCCAAACAUCACCAUACCCGCAGCAUCAACUACGCCGUGCCUACUGCUGCAACCAUCAUCAUCAUCCUGGUGAUCCUGACCGCGGUGGGGGGGCUGUGUGUCUGGAAGAAGAAGAGAGAGACAGGGACGGGUGCCUUGAGUUUUACUUACAGCAGACUGGCUGCAGAUGUGGCCGUGUAAGGCUGCAGUCUAGCCUGGGAUCCAGUCUAAUCUACUCCUCUAAUCACUUCCCUUUACAGAUUUAAUAGCCUGGUUAACUAUAUAAUUGUAUUUGAUAGUGAUGUCCCACACUUUGACAUAUUUCACAGUUGAAUAUUUGCCUCAAAUGUAAACAAUAGCUCUGAUUGGUUCAGGGUCAUGUAUCUUGAAAACUGAUUGACCUGGGAUUGGACCGGCAUUUGGAAGUUCAAUCCUCAUCUGUAUGGAUACCAGACUGUUCUGUGGGGGAAAGUGCUUGUGGGAGUGGACUGGAACUAGAAUAGGAUGGAUGCUGGCUAGACUACAUUGUACAUUUGCACAUGUAGCUGAAUCUAGUCACUUUGCAGCAAAAACAUACAUCUAUUGAAAUCCACACAGCACUGCUGACCAGGUCAGCAUAGUUGUCCAAAAUCAGUACUUAUUAAUUUUGAAAACUUAAUAUUGUGCAAAAUUUGUAAUUCCAAUGUAUAUGUCAUCAAUAUUGUCAUCAACCCGAAUUGAUGAAUAUUUGCUGCUCUUAGAUUUUAGGAAGUUGAGUGAAUCUCUACAAAUGCUGCAAAACAUGUAUAUAAAGUUUGAAAUCUACUUGCUAACCAGCCUGGUAUAAUGUGGCUUAGUGGUUCCUAUGGUUGCACUUGGGUGUGUCAAAGGACAAUGCACUAUUUUCCUGCAAAGACACAGAAUUGAUGUGGCCUAAAUGUACCUUUACGAAAGUGGCAGUGCCAGUGGAUAUUCAGUUUUCUUUUUGGAGCUGACUGUUGUAUAUAAGUACAUUGUGUAUAUUAUGUGAAUGAAAGCAUCCUGUAUUGCAAUGCUUUAAUGAGUAUAAGUGCAUAAGUUGGUUAUACUGCUUUUAUUAUUCUAAAUGGUUUUGUGUAGAACAGCUUGUGUUGUCAUGUGAAAAUGACAAUUGUAAAUACAGUAGUGGAGAGGGUGUCUGUCAUUUAGUUUGUACAAGUUAUGAAGAAUAAUGGUUCUAUCUGGUAGUGAGACUUGUGUAGGAUUAGGAAUCAUACCUGUUGUACUUAUGUUGGUAUGGGCAUUUUUCUAUUACUAGUAUAAUAUUACAUUCAUUCAAACAAUCUCAUAGUAGAGAAAAUAUAGGUUUGAGACAAAUGAAAUCUUCACACUAUGGGUCAACAAAGGCGAUAUUAAUCUGGUAUAAUUUCUUCAAAACUUACAACAGUUGAAAAAUGAGUGCAAUCACAUAAUGUUUCAAGUUUAAUCAUUUGAAGGCAUAUUCUAAGCAAUCAAUUUUAAGUUUUUAUUCUUUAAACUUCGACAUCCAAAGUGCAAGUAUAUAUGUCUAACCUCAUAAGAUGGGGAACAAAGGCAAUAAAACAAACAGGUAGUGAAAAUCAAAAUUUUAACUGUGCAUGCUCGAUGUCGAAGUAAAGGCCCCCAAUGUCUCAGGGGCUGUCAACUUUGACAUAUUUCCCCCGUACACGACACUGUGCAUGCACAGUUUGAACCAUGAACAAACUUAUAGUAAAUUUAUUCUUAAGGAGUCUAACUCUUUCAAAGGUUAUGGUUAAAGAAAGAAAACUGUUAAAAGAUGAAUUUAAUUUGUGAAGCUACUGUUUUGUUAUGCAUAAUGAUGGAUGACUCUGUCAAGGAAUCUGUACAACACAAUAGAAGUCAGAAACGUAGGCAUCUAAAAUAUUUAAUAGGUGGUGUGAUUGCACAGAAAGCAGCAGGUAACUGUUACAGGUGUCAUUUGGCAGUGCAGUGAUCUGUAUAAGAUGUCUGUUCCACUCAUUAAGUUAAUCGUUCCAUAAUGAUUAAACUUCAAGUUGACUUCCUGACCUAAGCUGUGACCACAGUUAUGAUUUCAUGUCUAAACAGGGAAUGGAAUGUUAUAUAUCUGUAUUUGCUAUAUACAUGUAUGCUACACAUCUGACUUUGGUAUUUUUUUUUCAGGAACCAAGUUAUGUUCCGUUCUUCAUAUUAACCUCUGCUGGGUUACAUACAUGUACAUGUAUUUUACACCACUUUGAAACUUGUGUUUGAGAGAUCUCUAGUUCAGCACCCCCAGGUACAAAUGUAUGUAUAGUUUGGAUAUGCAGGACAGCAUUAUACUGGGGGAUGUUGCAUUGGAGAUCUUUUUGGACACAUUUUUCAGUGCAGUGUUACAAUGUAUGUUUACUUAGUAGACAUUAUAGUUUUGAGUGAAACCAUAAAAAAAAUCUGUCAUCUGAAGUGCUGCUACCAUUUGCAUUUAUUGUAUAUGAUGUAGGAACUUUAUCUUAAGUAGGAAAAACAUAAUACUGGUCUUUUUUAUCAGUGUGUUCCUUUAUUUGUACAUGGAGAUUAAAGUAUUCUUAUUUUUGUCAUUAUUUAUCCAAGGUUUGAAGUAAAAAGCAUGUUG